AUGGACGUAUCCAUCACUCGCAAAAUGGUAAUGGACCAAGCACAUCACAAGGAAAUCAUUGCAGCAAUGGCAGCACUAGGAGAAGAGUUCUCGAUGAGAGCCGCGACCAGAGACGGAGAGCCCGAUAACAAAGCCUACGAAAAGUGGUCCAAGCAACAGAUCGCAAAGACCCAAUUCCAAGCGCUCGAACAAGCACUCACAGCCCGGUCGUCUUCGAGGCAAACACAUCUAGCCACGAAUCACCCAUGA